AUGUCGCGAUUUCCGCCCGACGCCGGCCUCACGCUCCUCCACGUGUACUUGAACGAGGUCCACGACCACAUCGCUGCGAUGAACCUCACAGCUGGCAGCGCCAUGGACCCAUCCGAGAUGACGUUCAUGAGCCUCCUCGUCGGCAACCUGGCCGCGCUCGGCGCUGCGGGCCUGCUCGUGCGCUUCAGCACCGACGUCGUCCGCGCCGUGCUCUUUGGCUGGCUCUGCGUCAUGGCGAAAGCGACGUGCAGCGUGCUUGGCCUCAGCACGCUCGUCUCAACCGCGACCACAGCCAUCGUCGCGGUCGUCCUCACGCAUUGGGACGUGUACGGUUUCUUUUGCGUGACGUGGCUGCACGUGUACAUGGCUGUCUUUCGGCACGUGCGCGCGUCGGGCUGGUCCGUCGCCAGCGCCGACUACGUGGCGGUAACCGUCGCCUGCGUCGUGGGCGAUCAAGGGCGGUCGCGCGACGUGGUCGACUUGCGUGGCCGGCGCGUCGACGUCGUCUACUUCUUCCUCGCGACGCUCUGGGCAGGCAUGCUGCUCUACGACAAGGCCGACGAGUAUGCACUCUUCCUCGGCGCGGACUUGAGCCCAAGUCUCCGCGUCGUCGUGACGUCGGCGUUUGCCGCCGAUAGCUUUCUCCGCGUCUUGUAUGCGUACGCACCGCGUCCCAUGCUCGUGCGCUGA